AUGAGGCAGCUUCAUGUUGGUAGCUUGUUCGUACUUGCAGUUAAUGGAACGGGUGGGCUAGAGGACACGGCCCCGGCGAUCGUUGCCGCUUUGGUUGGUCGUGGGUCCCCUUGUUGUGCAGAAUUUUCCGUGAAGAUGGCGUGUGCCACCCUGAAGAGAAGUCAAAACUUCGAUCUCUUGGAUUCCUGCGCUUCUAAACGCCGUCGAUUCGGUUCCUUUUUGAACACUCCCACUGUUUCCUUGGAUGUACCUCAGUCACCGUUCGUCCCAAGUCAGCCGACGACACAGCUUCAACUGAAACGACGAAUAAAAGAAGAAAUCAAGCGUCUUCAACGGCGACGUCUCAUUCCUCGCUUUCUUGGGACCCCUGCGCCUGCCACACAGACCACUUUCGGGAGUGAACUGCGUGAGGAUAAUGCGGCCGUUGCAUCGUGUAGUGGGAGUUUCCGGUCCAUGGCUCUCCGGUCCCCCCAACCAGAUAGCGCAGAUUCGGAUGGUGACCAGUCACCAGUGCGUUCUAGCGAACCCACUUUCCAGAGCUUUCAGUCUGUUAACCGAACGUCAGUCGUGCUUUCCACAACGCCUUUAUCUCCUCGGAUGCCUUCCCCAGCCCGUACCCUCGAUUCAGUUCCAAUCUUUACACUUCCACAAGUUACUGCUCUUUGUGAUCGGCUCAUCAAAGAGCGCGAGGACGAACUUCGCCAGGAGUAUGACCUUAUUUUAUCAUGCAAAUUAGCAGAGCAAUAUGAAGCUUUUUUGAAGUUCAACCACGAUCAGUUGCAAAGUCGAUUUCAGAACACGCCCAUGAGCUAUGUCUCCUGAACUGAACCCGUUUUCAACAGCUGUGAAUUACUGACGUUAGCCAGUCUUGUGAUUAAUCAAAUUACCAUUCACCAACUGGCUGGCUAAUCAAACAGCACCUGUGGUUCAAUGUAAACAAUGGUCCGACAGAACCCCUUUUCCAGUUUAUCCUCUGUUCAACCUCCAUCAUCAUCAAUUUGAGAGUCCCGCCUUUUGGUUUCUCAACAAGCCAUCUCCAAAUUCAGUUACCCGGCUUCUGUGAUCGGGUUGCCUUUCUCUCCAGGCUUUCAGGAUCAUUCCUUGUCACCUAAACUGGCUGUCCACUGUCAUUUCCUUGCUUUUCUCUGUCACCCAUUUCCGCACCCUGUAUGAGCUCGCAUGCUUGCACUUCUUGUGGGUGUACUAUGCAUUAUAGGCGAGUGAACUCAGCCUCUAGCGCCAUCGGUUCGACUACCCUGUUCAUGCACGUUUCUCCCUAUCACUAUAGUUCUCGCGCCUUUCCCAGUUUUGUACAGCAUACGUGGUAUCACAUCAUUUGCAGUUAGUGGCAGAACGCAACCAUAAUUGCGCUUUAUAAUGUAGUUGUCGCUGGCAACGAUCACCAGGUAGCCAUUAAACUUGUGGUGUUACCUCUUCCACUCUGUAACACUAAUCCAGAUACUCUAGUUUUCCAAAUUUCC